UUCCUCUAGAACUUAGAUUUAUAAUACCAUUGUCCUAAUUUGUUGUCUUGAAGUAUUGUUUUUGAUGUAUACAAAACUAAAAGGAUGGGUCUUGGUCAAGCUUCUAACAUAGCGUCUCUGCCCUUGGAUUAUUUCAGGAAGAAGAAGCCCCGUAGGUCGAAAACUGUAGCAGAGACACUUGCAGAAUGGAAGGAGCACGGUUCUUUGGGUGAUGAUAAAGGCAAACCAGCUUGCAGAGUUCCUGCCAAGGGAUCAAAGAAGGGAUGUAUGAAGGGUAAAGGAGGACCCGAGAACUCCCAAUGUAACUAUAGAGGCGUUAGGCAGAGGACAUGGGGUAAAUGGGUAGCGGAAAUUCGAGAACCCAAGAAGGGUAAUAGGCUCUGGUUGGGUACUUUUCCAACCGCCCUUGAAGCUGCCCUCGCUUAUGAUGAAGCGGCAAGAACCUUGUAUGGUGCUUGUGCUCGCCUCAACCUUCCAAAUUGCAGUUCUUCUUCGGUGCUAACAAGUUCGAGUUCAGAUUCCACAAUGAAACAAGAAGCAACGGAAGAGCCUCUAAUCGACAGUAAUAGGCUUCUGUCAGCUGGUCCACCAAAGGAUUCAUUAAAACAAGAAGAUAUGGAAGAGCCUCCAAUUGAUGGUAAUAGACUUCUGUCACCCUAUAGAGCUGGUCCAUCAGAGGGCUCAAUGAAGCAACCAGCAAUGGAAGAGCCUCUAAUUGGACUUCUGUCACCCUAUGGGGCUGGUCCAUCAAAGAGUUCGAUGAAUGAAUCAAUGGAAGAGGUUACGGAUAUCAAUCAGGACAAUGGGUUCACAUUGCAUAACUUAUCAGCGGAUGAAAUCUUCGAUUUGGAAGAGCUACUUGGGGAUGAAAUGUUUGAUGUGGAAGGGCUACUUGGGGUUCUAACUUCUCCCUAUUCUGCACCACUGUCCAACUAUGACAAUGUGGGGCAUGAAAGGCAUUCAGAUUCAAUAUCCCAAUUCCAGAAGUGCGAUACAAAGUUAUUUGAUAAUAUGCACUGUGAGCAGGAAUAUUAUGGAGCUGAUCAUGGUUUCGAUUUCUUGAAACCGGGCAGAGAGGAGGAUUACAAUUUUGGGGGUAUUUUGAAUUUGGAAUCAGAUUUGAGAGUUUGA